AUGGCAUCUCUAAAUAAAGUUUUGUUACAGACACCUGCGACUUUCCUGAUAGCUAGGCGAUUUCGAGGGAAAAUUAACAUACAAAAACCAAAGAAGCCUCACUUCGAAAAACAACUCCUUAUCGACAUAACCCAACCGACUUAUGGUCCACCAAAAAGUAGUCUACCUCAGUAUGCCUUUUGUAACAAUGACAAGCCCACAUUUACAAAGAAGGAAAUUGAUAAUCCAUUUGAAAGAAUAUUAGCACGCGAAUGUCUUGAAUGGUUUAAUACAUCCAAAAUGGUAGUAUUCCUACAUUUGAACUCUAUUAAUAUGGAAGAUAAAACACCAAUAUUUGCUGCAUUAAAAAAGAAUGAUAUGCAUUUAAGAACAUAUGGAAAGAAAAUAAUGAGCAUGGCUACUACGGGGACCAGAUAUGAAGUUGUUAAUCAAUUAUUUACUUCUCAUCAAAAUGUAAUAUUUGGCCAGCCAAAGAAUGCAAAUAAGAUGUUUAAAAUUUUGAAAAAAGCACCGCAGCUAGUUGUUAUGGCUGGCAUAAUAGAAGAUAGGAUGAUGUCAAAAAAUGAACUAGUGGAAUUCAGUAAUCUUCCUAACUUGGAAGUGGCUAGAAGUCAGCUGUGUUCAGUACUACAGAGUGCUGGCUCAUGCCUUGUCAGUCAACUAAAUCAAAAUCAACAAAUUUUGGUCUCACAUCUUGAAAAGCACAUAGAGAUACUAAGCGCACCUGAAAAGAAUAAGGAAGAUAGUUGA